UCUCCAAUUGCCGCCAGCACCAAUUGCCAGCUUCGCAGAGCUUGAAGUUCAUUUAGUUCACGUAAAUGAUUCGUGCAGAAAGAACGAGUUGUUCGAGAACGAGCAUUUACUCUUUAACAAAGAACUGGCUACCAUUCUAAGCCUUGACUAGAACUAGCUAGACAGCCGUUACCAAGCUAUUUCCUCUCCGUAAUUAGCUAGCGAGUAUCCAGAGGAUGACCAACAUUUACUGAGACAAACCAUCCGUACUGCCAGACAUUGCAGUUGUGCACAUCCUCCCCUCUAACAGAUGCCUACAGGAAUUUGUCGUUUUCAAACAUAUCCUCUCCGGAUUUGAAACUCUGGAGGCAGGUUUGAGUGUGUCUUUUCUUGAAAACGCAGACUUGCAUACACAUCUUCCCAGCCUUCCCCUGAGUCCUGAAGGUUACACCAUGGCCAUGUUUCGACUCUUGGCUGUGCGAAGUUGCUCCAAGCCAGCCAGGCAGCUCCAUAGUUGGCUAGCAAACCAGGACCAGGUACUUGAGCUGCUUCGUGUGUGCUCUGUUGAGGACCAGGUGUUUGAUGUGGUCAGCAAGAACAAGACUAAGCUGUCGAUCAGUCAUGUGGCAUAUGCUCUGGACUUGUUGUGGAAGUUCCAAAAGGAGAAGCCUCAGAUACUGCGUACAGUGGAGUUCAUCAGGAGUCACCCACAGUUCAUCACUCUCCGUGUGCUGGCUGAAAACAAGAUUACUCUCAUGGAUGACAUGACUGUAGUGGACGUGCUCUACAAUGUCCUUCGGCUCAAUGUUGAACCUCACGACACUCUUGUCCAGCAGCUAGUCGCUGAGGCAUGGCUUAGGUUACACAGCCUCCAGAUGCCAGCACUGUCUAAGUUUGCCAUUUGCUUAAAUGAUCAGCAUCUUCAGCACAGUCCACUUAUGGGCCAGAUCACAGAGAUUUUAAGUCAAAAAGUUGACACCAUACAAGAUGUGAGGGUCCUUUCCACCUUGAUGAUAAGUGUGUCUGCUCUGGUGUCACCACAACUGCGUGAUGCCCUUGUCAAGAGGGCAGACACCCUCCUUGAUGCUUCGGGCUCCUCUCAAUUCAACAGCCCCAGGAGGGUGGUCCAGUUCCUACGCAACGUCAAGCACAUUUGCCGCCCACUGCUGGAGAAGUGCAAUUCCAUUUUUCUGCACAAUGUGUCCCAUCUGGAUGCUGAGAACAUCAGUAUCAUUCUAGGGCUGUACCAGUCCCUGCAGUUUAACAACUCUGACUUCCGCUUGGCCGCCAAGCAGAGGCUGAUUAAGCUGGUAGACUGCUGCACCGAUCCAGUGUCCUUCACCAAGCUCUUUGCUGCUCUUGGACCAAUGGCUAAACAGGAGGCCAGAGAGGGCUUGGAGAGUGCUGCGCUGUUAUUAGCUGAUAAGCUGAAUGGCCAGCAGGUCCUUGCUGUAGCAGAGACUCUGGAGGAGAUUCAGAGUAAGAACCUGCAGCUGAUCAAUAAGAUUGGGUCAAUAAUCUUUAAGAACCUGGACAUGUACACGCCUAUGGAGGUAGCCAGGAUCACACAGGCCCUGAUUUGUUUGCACUACCAGAAUCCAGAGAUGUUCACCAAGCUGAGGAACAUAAUGAUGUGUCACCUGCAGGUCAGCGUCUUCCCCUAUGAAGUGACUACGCUGAUACGGGUUCUGUCUCUGUUGCCCUGCUCGCGGCUAGAUGAGACUGUUAUAUCACGGGUGGAUGCUGUGCUGUCCCAAUGCAACCUGAGUGACCUCAACACUUUCACAAUGGCUAUCGCCAAGUGGAUGCGCAACGACCCCUCUUGCCGCCACAGCACGCCCAGUGUGUAUGUCCGACUGCUUCAGACUCUAAAUUGUUGUGGGCUGGAGCGUCUGCGUAAGGCCGACCACCUGGACCUCUUGCUGGAGGAGCUGAAGUACAUGUCGGGGGAGUGGUUUGAGGAGAUGCUGCUGGAGGAAACUAUGGCUGCCCUCCAAAGGCUACUCUGGCAGGUCUCCUGGACCAAUGUGCCUGAGCUGACCCUCUUUUUGACCAAGACCAACUACUUGUGCAUGCCAGUCCUGGACCACAUCGCUGCUGUUGUCAUGGAGAACAUCCACAAGAUGCACUAUUCAGCAACAUAUGCCACCCUGCUCCCCUUCACAAUGCUGAACUAUGAUCCCCCAAGUGGAGAUGAGUUCUUCAAUACAUGCAUUCAACACUUCUCUCCUCACCUGAGCUCCUUCGACCCCCACCUGCUGGUGCUGCUGGCCUAUUCCCUGGCUGUGGCUAACUGUUUCCCUGAGGCAUUGAUCCGUGAAAUUUUCAGUGUGGAUUUCCUGACAAAGCUAGACUGCCAGUUAGAGACCCUGCCAGAUGCGCUGAACAUGCGAAUACGUUUGCGCCUGAUGGAGCUGAACAGGGCUGUGUGUCUGGAGUGCCCUGAGUUCCAGGUUCCCUGGUUCCAUGAACGCUACUGCCAGCAGCUGCAGCGAAAAGGCACCAUUUCCAUUAGUCCCGUUCAACAACAGAUCCACAAAAUGCUGGGAGAGCUUCUUGGAGGAAUGAACUAUGUCAGAAUGGCUGUGCUUACUCCUUAUUUCUACACAGUAGACUUUGAGUGUGUGCUGGACAGACACCAGUGGCCAGUUCCAUAUGUGGAACCAAACGAUCUGCAUAUCAUGGAGGAGUGGAAGGUCCAGUGGGAGUCUGACUCUCUGGUGAAGAAGUGUGAACUGUCACUGGGGGCACAAUGCAUUGCUGUGGACUUCUUGGAUUCCAAAUCCUUCUGCAAGAACUCACAUCAUGUAAAGGGAGAAGUAAUGAUGAGGAAGAGGCAUCUGGAGAUCCUGGGAUACUCUGUUAUACAAGUUCCUCAUUUUGAAUGGAAUUCAAUGGAGCUCUCCACCAAGGAUGCCUGGAAGGAUUACUUGAGAAAGAAGAUUUUUACAGAGCUGUCCUAAUGUGUAUAUCAACUCAACAAAAAUCGAAUUCAGUAACAAUUAUGAAAGUGAAUCCUGGCAUCCCUGUGGUGAAUCAUUAUCAUUUUUGUGUAUUCUUUGCAAUGGAUGACAGAGGUGACUUAGUUUCUAAAAUAUUGAUUCUGACAAUAUCUGUAGUUUUUUCUCUGCAAAUAAAAUAUUUGUCAUAAAAUACUCUUUCUUGUUAUUUUCAACCACAAGGAUAACAAACAUGUAUUGUUAAAUAUUCCAGAAGUCACGUGGCUAUUCUGUUGAGAACACAAUGCAGUUUACAAAUGUUUGUCUAUUUUUAAAAAAUGCAUUAUGAUCCAGUUUCUCAGAGAUUGAUUAAGCCUAGUCCUAAAGUAUUUUAGUUAAACACAAGUUUAAGUUUGUUAAAAUAAAGCAUGAGAAAUAACAUUUUCUGAAGCACCGGGAUGUAAAAACUGUGCAUAAUAGCUGUGCAUAAUAUAAUAAAAAUGUCAGACUCUUGUAAUAAUCUGCCUACAAUGUAAUAAGUGUUGAGCGCAUAAUGUAGGCUAAUAACUUUAGCGUGUUAUACACUGUUAUUACAUUAUAGGCUCUAUUUUCCGGCCAUGGCGUGUUGAGAGCCGUCAAAAUGGUGUUCCCUUUGGUAAUUUCAUGACUUGCACUGCGCCGUAGUGGGAGGGGUGACCUUCUGGGGAUAUGUCAGUCUAUGUUGCAGUGCAAUGCAAUUUGUGUCAUUUUCCGCCUGCCAGCUCAGACCACAUUUAUGGCGUAAACCUAUUCAAAAGGCUAUCAAUGGUUUUCAUGGAUCAUAUGCGGUCUAAUUUGACAUUCAUAUAAAUCCCAGAAGCAGAAAAAAAUACUUUGCAUUUAUUGCUCAUUGUCUCUUUUUUGAUUAUUUUAAUUCCUGUAUUUAUUUCUAUUUUUAAUUGUGUAUGGCUAUUCUUCAGCCUGCAUUGUGGUCCUUGGGGUACUGUGUCAUUCUUUUUCUUACACCCAUCUGUAAUGAGAAGAAUGAACUUGAACAAUCUUUUCAUUUUGAUUGACUGUAGUUAAAAUGAUAGCUACAGCACUGGCACAAAUUAUGGAUAGAUUUCCUUCAUAAACAGUUUGAUGAUUAAUGCAGUAUUUUGUAGUAAUUGCUUUUUUGGAUAAUAAAUGUAAAAUAUAAUGAACAUAAUUUGAACAUAAAAUGAAAAUGUAGAAAUAAUUAGCCUUUCAGUUAAACAAGUAAUGAUCAUUAUGAAUUAUUGUAUGUAUUAGUUCAUACCAACAUAAUUGAGCUGUUUGUAAAAUUUCUACCAGUAAGAUUUGUUAAUCAGCUUGAACAUGUAUUGCUUUGUCCAGUAUUUUUCUACAUAAAAUGCUAAUAUUCACAUAAAGAGAAAAAAAUUAACAUUUUUUGGCUUGUAUACUUUAUUUCAAAUUACUGAUCACAGAAUGUCAUUAACGCAUGUGGUCAAGAAGAAAUUUUGAACUGGGGAGAACCAGCAAAAUUGUGACAAUUUUCACUUUUUACUCAAUUACUUUCAAGUAGUUCACUCAAUAGCUGUGAAAUUGCACUACAAAGAGUGUGCACUUGUCAGCUACAAGAAGUCACAUUAACUUAGAUGUGAUCACAAAUGGUUUGUAUACAAUUUAAACAAAUGUUUAACGUCCGAUGUUACAAUCGUAACGUGCAGGACAGUUGAAAUACAGGUGCAGCAUAGUAACAAUGAAAAAUAACAAAAUAAAUCGUUCAUAUUUGCAAUAUAUACUGGACAAAACACUGUUGGUUGAAAAGAUCAUACUGUGCAUGGGUUUUUAAACCAGCAACCAAUUUUUUUCAUUUAUUGCCAAAAACGGUAUGUAUGUGGGAUUAGGUGAUUUUUGGUUUUGCUAUGUUAUAUAUACUGUACUCUUAUUUUGUCUAUGUAGUCAUGUCAGUAGGGAAGAGUGAAUAAACCUUUUUCAACAAAU